GUUUAUAACCUGUACUGAUCUACACAGUGCUAAGAUGUCGGAGCCCAAACUACUUGUUACGUCUUAGUUAAAGUUGGAAAACAUCGCAUAUUUACCUCGUCAUGUCAAUGCUUGAGAAACAUUUUGUGUUCACAUAAAUUGCUUGUUUAUCUACGUACUAAUAUCACCUGUUAACGUGAAUUAGAAGAAUCUGUGGCCGUUCUCACAAUGACCAGUUACGUCAACCAAAGUGCACAUCGCAAAUCAGAUGAUGCAAUGGAUGAUGAUACUGAUGACAAGGAUGAUACUAAACGGAAAUCACGCAACCUUAGUGAGAAAAAACGGCGAGAUCAAUUUAACAUGCUUAUUAAUGAACUCAGUUCCAUGGUUUCUACUAACAAUAGAAAAAUGGACAAAUCUACUGUUCUCAAGUCAACAAUUUCAUUUUUAAAAAAUCAUAAUGAAAUAUCAGUGAGAUCUAGAGCCCAUGAAAUUCAAGAAGACUGGAAACCAUCUUUCCUUUCAAAUGAGGAAUUUACUCAUCUUGUCUUGGAGGCAGUCGAUGGCUUCAUUCUUGUAUUUUCUGCCACUGGUAAAAUAUUUUAUGUCUCAGAAAGUGUCACAUCCCUCCUAGGUCACUGUCCUAAUGAUCUUCUGAACACAUCCUUGUAUGAUAUAGUGUUUGAAGAGGAUCAAACCGACCUAUACAACCUCAUGCUUCAACCUAAUGUAUCUGUUGAUCCAAGUUAUGAUAAUAGUAAAGAAAAUCAACUGUCCUUUACUUGUCAUGUAAGAAGAGGGGAUUUAGAUUCACGAGGUGAAAUAACUUAUGAACUAGUCCAAUUUGUUGGAUAUUUUCGCUCAGAUAUUGAUAACCAUGAGGCAGACAAUAUUAAUUCAAUGUGCAUUAGUGGCUUCUCAAGUGACACAGAUACAAGGCUUGUUUUCGUUGGCACUGGCCGUUUACAUCAACCCCAGUUAAUCAGGGAAAUGGCUCUUGUUGAUUCUGUAAAGAGUGAAUUCACCUCCAGGCAUAGCCUUGAAUGGAAGUUUCUUUUUUUAGACCACAGGGCACCACCAAUCAUUGGUUACUUGCCUUUUGAAGUUUUAGGUACUUCUGGUUAUGACUAUUAUCACAUUGAUGAUUUAGACAAAGUUGUAACAUGCCAUGAAGCAUGUAAGUAUCAAACCAUAGCUCUUGUGUCACGGUCCCCCGUGACUUUUGGGUUCAAGGCGCCCGGCGCGUAGGCAACCCAUCGCACAAAGGUUUUCGGCAGUGCCGAGGGAUGGCGUUGUCUGUGCGUCGAGUGCACUCCGGCUUGUCCCCUUCCCUCCCCCCUUCCACUUUUGACGUUCAGCUGGUCAGCUGGCCGGCUCGGUGUGCCAGAGCUUGGCGCGACACCGACCCGGGCGUGCGAAAGACCAAGUUCCGCCUAACAUCCUCAUUUCCCCGGUGAGCUCUCCGUCCACGCUUUGAGUGGUUUGCAUCUAAAGUCAUUCUCAGUUAGUGAUUGCCUGUUUAAACUCUUUUAGGGUCGUCAUUCUCCAUGA